AUGAACAUUUUACCAAUCUUACUUUUAAUAAGUUUCUAUUGGGCUGCUGUACAGUCGCAACCGGUUGUAACGAAUGAAUUGGAAAAUCUUUCUUCGAACUCACCUAUUGAAAGUGACACCAAAGAACUUCAUGUUCGGCAUAAGAGAACUCUAUUUUUAAAAAAGAAGCUUAUUGGCGCAGGGUUAUUAGGACUUGGUCUUGGACUCGCCAAAGGGUAUAAAGCUGGGUAUCACUACUCGCCAGAAGUACAUCAUGUUUACAUUGCUCCUCCACCCCCUGUUAGAUACGUCGAGUACGUGGAGAAACCAGUAUUCAUAGAGAAAAUAGUGGAAAGACCAGUAGAAAAGUCACUCGUUGAAUACAACAAGCACUGGUCUUCACACAAUGAACCAUUGUCUUUCUACGGAUACCCAUAA